AUGCUUCCAUCAGUUCCACCAUGAAUCGAAGUGAACACUGUCAUACUGUGAACAGUACUGAAUAGUUGCUUGAAUCAUAAUGCUAUAUAGACGCUACUAACUUUCGGAGUCUUUGGAGACAUCACUUGGCUCGAAUACGUGUAAUUUUGACCGAUUGCAAAAGAUAUGGGUCGACGAAAAAGCAAACGAAAACCACCAAGCAAAAAAAAGGCCAUUCAACCGUUAGACACACAAUUCAAUUGUCCGUUUUGUAAUCACGAAAAGUCAUGCGAGGUUAAGAUGGACAAAUCCAGGAGUACUGCCAGGAUAACCUGCAGAGUAUGCUUAGAAGACUUUCAGACAACUAUCAAUCUACUAUCGGAACCUUUAGAUGUAUAUAAUGAUUGGAUUGAUGCCUGUGAAAAUGCUAAUUGAAUAUUAGUUAAUGUAUUCAUAAUUCUAUAUAUUGUAUCUUUAAUAUAACUGGUCACCUUUAUUUAUUUUUAUUCGCGUCAUCUUCAGAUUUCAUAAAUAUAAAUAUAUUAUGAAUAAAGGUGCAUAUUUUAAGGUACUACUAAAUGUGACUAUUUGAUUGCAAAACCGAAUAUACAAUGUCUACAUAAUAUUAUUAAUUAAAAAAUCCUUAAUCUUGAGAAAGUAAUGCAAAAUCUAUCAAGUUAUACCUAUUGUCACAUUUAGCACUAAU